AUGGAUGUCUUGUUAACUGGUUUUCCUAAAAGGCUAUUGGUAGCUCUAUCAGUAUUAGUAAUAGUCAUGUGCGUGAUGCCGGUCGAGGCUCGAUCCGUGGAACACAAGCGGCGACAUCAAAGGCGGCAGCCCGAGAACAUGGCGCAACUAACCAAAGACAUGUCGUCGUUAAAACGACCGAGAAACCCAAGCGUAGAGCACUACAAGAACGCGACGAGGAAGAUUAUGAAGAAACUGAAAAACACUAGGAGGUUCUUUAACCAAGAACGAAAAGUUUUGAACGAGUCGAGAGAAUAUAGAGACGGGAUGCCUGAUUGGCUGCCAGCUGUCAAUUUCGUCGACAUUCAUUUUCAUGAUUAUAAGUCAUCACGAAGAAUUGGAGGUUCGAUAUGGGAAAGAAAGUUCUCAUAUCAGAUGCCGAAGCUCUACAAAUCUCUCAAGGAGUACGAAGUCAUAUUUCAAAUGCUGCGUGAUGUCGAACUGGAUUUCCCUGACGAUCCUUUCAACAACUACAAGAUCGUGCGUCAGAGACUCAUUAGCAAUACAUUGCACAGACUGUACAGUUCCAUUGCUGAAAUAACAGAGAGCAUGGCAGCAGUGAAUAUGGCGACCCCGCCAUUUGACAGAACCAGAAUGAAGUUAGACACUUUCCAAAUGAAAGUAGACGCGACGCAGUGUCUCAAAAACGACUAUAUUGCGUUCAGAGGCUACGGUAACUUACUGAACAAUUGGUAUUUCGAAUUCAGAUGUCCGAGGAGCAAGAAGCUUAACAAAAGAUGCGCGGCGUACGAAGAUAAACUAAAAGAGAAAAAGGAUAGCAGGAGACCCAGAAAUAAAAUUAACAUGCUUUUUAUGAGUUGA